AUGCGCCGCGUUUUCGGCUCCGCCCCGACCGCCCCAAAAGCUACCCUCGACGACUCGGUCACGGCGCUCGAAUCCCGCCGCUCCAAGAUCGAGGUUUCCAUCAAGGCCAAGGAGAAUGAGAUUGCCGAACUGAACCGCCGGCGGGCGGCGACGCGGUCGGCCGCGGCACAAAACGCCCUCAAGACCAAGGCCCUGCGGAUACUGAGGCGCAUGAAGGAGGACGAGGCCCAGAUGAACAAUGUGCAGUCGCAGAUCGACAACCUGCAGAAGAUGCAGGACAUGCAGGGCACGCUCAAGAACAGCGCCGUCAUGGUCGACACCAUGCGCCAGACGCAAAAGGAGCUCAAGAAGCAAUACGGAAAGUUCGACAUCGACAAGAUCGAAAAGAUGCAGGAUGAGAUGGCCGACCUGCUCGACAUGAGCAACGAGAUCCAGGAGAGUUUGAGCAGAGGCUACGAUGUUGGGGAGGACAUUGACGAGGCCGAUCUCGAAGCCGAGCUGGACGCCAUCGGGGAAGAGGUCGAGUUUGAAAGGGAAAUGGGCAUCGGUGGCGCCGUACCCUCGUUUCUGGAAGACGAAGUGCCUGACUUUAUUGACGAGCCACCUGUGGUUGAGAAGAAGGUCCAGGAAGCUGCGAGGUAG